CUUCACAACACUCCUCACCACGAGGUUCUCUCACAAACAAAUAAUUCUCGAAACUGAUCUCCUUAUAUCUCAACGAUCAAGCGGAUGAAUGAUACAAAGCUCCUAUUUCGUCCGAGUUCCGUGAACGGCUCCUCUAUUCUGCACAUCCGCUUUGUGCGAAUUCACUGUUCGCGUCUAAGUAUUGCAAAUGUCAACGUUCAACGGCAUUGUGUCCGAGUUUCCAGACAUACGAAUCGAUUUCUUCCGGCGCAAUGCCGGUGCACAACCACCACUUGCUUGUUUCCUAAGUCAUGUUCACAGCGACCACUUGGCAGGGAUCGAGAGCCUGCGAUCUCCAUUUGUCUACUGCUCAGCAGCCACCAAAGAGAUCCUUCUUCGUCUUGAACGAUAUCCUUGUCGCAUCAACUAUGCCAAGGGGGUGCUAGAAUCAACCCAGCAAACCUUCAAGCAUCUCCGCAAAGUCUUGAAACCCUUGCCUUUGGAAACGCCUACAUCGAUCGAGCUUCGCCCGGGCCGCGAGAUUCAGGUAACUCUUUUUGACGCCAACCAUUGCCCUGGGGCGGUGAUGUUCUUGGUCGAAGGAGAUAACAAAGCAAUUCUUUACACAGGAGAUAUCCGGAGCGAACCCUGGUUCGUCAAUGCAAUUUCCCGGAAUCCAAAUCUCAUCGAGUAUACGUCGGGCAUUAAGACGCUCGAUAAAAUCUAUCUUGACACCUCUUUCACCGAGAAUGUGCCUUUUCAGACGAAAGCCCAAGGCAUCGCUGAAUUGUUGCGAAAGGUUUCCCAAUACCCAAGUGAUACCAUCUUCCACCUACAAGCAUGGACUUACGGAUAUGAAGAUGUCUGGCUCGCCUUAUCUAAGGCUUUAAAAUCUAAAAUUCAUGUCGACGAUUACAAACUCCGGAUCUAUGGUUCGCUCAAAUUAAACACCCCUGACUCGAGAUUUGACACAGACACUCAUCUUACUCCAGAGUCGCCGGCUCUGACUGGCCACAUGUGUGGCAACAUGCCACAUCCAGGGUGCUUAACGUCAGAUGUAAAUGUCCGCUUACAUAGUUGUGAAAAGGGGAACUUAUGCGAAGUGGCUCAAAGACCUACCACUAUAUCUAUUCAACCUAUCGUUGCCCACUUGCCUACGGGAGAAGACUUGGCCGAAGUUGGCGUAGGCGGCGGUGGAGAUGAUCUUCAACGAGAAGCCGAGUUGGAAUUUCUGGACCAAGCUAGCUUGGCCACCCUGUUCAAUACGUUUGUACAUUAUAUCACUUUUGCGGGAGGUAUGCUAAUCGUGAACCCAAGGUUCCUCUCCUCAUCUAUCGCUUCAACCGAUAUGUCAGAUAUACUCGAAGGGACCUUGGAGAAGAUAGUCUCCACCGGUCGCAACAUUCCACUGGACUGGGGCAUUGGUACCUUGAAUGCUCACUCUGCUGAAGAAGUUAUCAUGAUGCUGGUGGAGAGAUUGAGAAAGAAUCCCAAGAAUCAGAAGCAGCGUGACAAGUGUAGUCUCCCAAGAACUAUUUACUUUCCAUAUUCAAGGCAUUCUUCGUUACCAGAACUCUGCCACUUCGUCGAAGCUUUCCGGCCACUAGACGUGUGGCCAUGCACUGUCAAUAAUGCUGAGUGGCUAAAGAAUGGGGUCACCAUUGGGGGCAUGUUUGGGCCAUCAUGUUCCGGUGAACUAUUUGAACAUGAUUUACUGAUGCAAGAUUUUGCUGCCAAACACACAUCAGAUGACGGACAUCAGCAACAUGGCAGCCAGACAACGAUCGGACCCGACUCUGUCCCAAGCUCACCAGUCCGUGAGUCGCAGGGUGCAAGUCAGAAACGCCCCGUCAAUAUAGACCAUCGAUUCGUGAGCCCCUUAUUGGAGACGCAAGCGAGUAUUCGUCAUGGGCGCGUUGUCUCGGAAGCGGAAUGCCCAAAGGAGCACUUGGAAGCUCCGUCCGAAAACUCUACUCAACAAUCGCUCGUAGUCCCUACCAUCGAGCAAGCAGAGGAUGUGCAGCAAGAGAACCCCAUUCAUCCGGAAUCACUGAUAGAUAGCCCAUCCAAUUCGCCGGCACCUGUUUCUUGCCGCCGCAAACGUACCGUUUCUGAUAUUUCAGUAGGUGAAAAUGGCGGCAACAGGCGACAAAUGCGCCAAAUCACUGAAGAGUCGUUGCCUUUGGGAUUAUCAGACGAGGCCUCGAUUGCUCGCCGAGAUGCAUAUUGGCAAAUGGUUGAUUAUAUAGACAAGGGUACUUGGGGUACGUUCCAGCUUAUAUCUACGAGCAACGAGUAUACAGUCAAUGAACCGGAACUGUGAUCGAAGGCACAUUCUAUAAUAUUCAAAUUAAG